AUGUUUGGCACCAUUGACUGCAAUGUGGGCGACGGAGGAGUGGCGGCCAACUGUCCGCAAACAGGGCCCGCAUCCUAUGCCUCGGGAAUGGGCGAUGAGUCGCAAAGUAAUUUCAUCGCAACUCUAUUGACCGAUUUUGUGACGACCGACGGCACCGGUUAUACCGAUUACAGCGACCACCGCUACCCGAGUGGGUACGGCUAUGGGGGACACACGACCUACGAGGCCUCGUCCGAAGCCUCCUCUCCGCCGCCAACACCCGACAUAAUCUCCACGUUUGCCGGCUAUACGCCGGCCGACUCGCCAUCCAUUUGCUCAGCCGUUCACACGCCGCCCACCUAUCAGGACUUGUGCUCACCGAUGACCGCCAGUAGCUAUCAUCCACUCCAGUCGCCCACCUCUUCCUGUUCGUCAAUGGGCGGCGGCGGUGGCGGCGGUUCACUGGCCUCGCCUCCCAUCACUUAUCACGAGUGCCGCAAACAACUAAUUAAAGACAGCCUCCGACUCACCAUAAAGUCGCGGCGGGAGGCACAGGGCCUCGACCUCAUGGACAGCAGUCAAGACAUGUCUUCAAAUGGCAAUAACACAGAGAGUGACAGCAAUUCGCCGGACGUUCCGCUCACUCGAGCGGACACUGAGCGUCGGCGGCGCCGAAGGGAACGCAAUAAAGUGGCCGCCACUAAGUGAGUCGGAAUCGCUUACAGUGAACAACUCGGAGAUGAGGAAAGAAAUUGAAGAACUCCGGCGGGAAUGUCAAGAAUUGAUGACAUUAUUGACAACUCAUGAGACAAUUUGCAAACAUAACAGGAAUCUAAUUAAUAGCGAUAAUAAUAACAAUAAUAAUUAUAAUCAUCAUAAAUAUUACACCGAUUCUUACGACGAGAAUAAUAAUAAUCAUAAUCA